ACCUAAGUCGUGUUCAGGCUGCCCUGAACAAGCCACAACAUCACCACACUGGAAUCAAUGUAGCACCUGUGACUGUUCGAUCGCACAAGCAAGACACUAUUCCGGCAUUGACCUCGACAGCUUUGAGUAGUGCCAUCCAGGUAAAUUCUGCAGAAUACACGUCUAACGGUGAUGGCGAGGGCAAGCGUUCUGGACGCGCACGCAAGGCACCAUCGCAUCUCCGUGAUGGCUCACCUAAUGGUCCCGAUCCAAGUAAUGUCGAACUGCUAGGUCUUCAAACGACCGAGGCUCUUCGGCGUUGUCAUGCAAUUGUGAUCUCCCUUGAACGUUUUGCAGGUGCGGACUGGUUUUCAGCACCUGUGGAUGCUGUUGCACUUGGUGUCCCGCACUAUGGUGCAAUUAUUGAUGCGCCUAUGGACUUGAGUACUGUCAAACGCGGUCUUGAUUGUGGUCUUUAUCCUGACCCUCAUGCUUUUGCGGCGGACAUGCGCCUGGUUUUUCGCAACGCAAUGACUUUUAAUGUUCUCCCCGAGGCACCUGUGCACGAAGCUGCACGAAAUCUUCAUGCUAAAUUCGAAGACCAACUUCAGAACAUCUGGAAGCACAUUGCUGGAGGUGCUUUGGGUAGCGCGAAGUUCAAGUCUGGAGGUCCAAAGCGUGAUGCAGACGGAGAUUUGGAGGGUCAAAUUAACAAGCGUGCCAAAAUCCCCAAUGGGAAAAGUGGGGGAAAGAAGAGUGGGAAAGGUAAAAAGGGCCCACGCGACGAUGACUAUGGUGCUCUAUCUACAGGGACCGGCAUGGUUCCUGUGGCUGAUUUAGUCAACAUGCAGCGCCAAAUGGAAUCCAUGCAAGCGACUAUCGCUGCACUACAGAAGCAGGCCUCACAGACCGAGGUUCAGGUCCAAAUGAAUAUGGAGCUUGGAUUAAAACCGACUGUGCCCGGUCACGCCGUAUCAAAACCCCCCCGGGUCUCUAAACUGCUCACUUUUGACGAAAAGGAAGCUCUCUCCAAUGAUAUCAAUGACCUCCCCCCGGAAAAGCUGGCACAUGUUGUCAAGAUUGUGCAGGAAUCGAUGCCUCUAACUGGCCGUCAUGAUGAUGAUGAGAUUGAAGUCGAUAUCGAAACCCUUGACAACGAUACGCUUCGCCAUCUUCAAAAGUACGUAAAAGCUUCUCUAGGAAAGAAGCGCGCCGUGCCUAAGAAAAAAGGCCAACAGCCGCUAUCCCCGCCCCCUGAGAUAACACUGAAUUCAGACGAACGCACACUCGAGUCUGUCGCCUUCGGAGGCUCAGGCCUCGGACCUGGCUUUGAAUCAGAUGAUGAUGAUGACCUUGCCUAUGAUGUUCUUGGCGCGUGA